UCUUCGGUUUGGAGCAGCAGCGUUCCUCGUAACCGACAUAAUCUGAAAGUGUAAGUAAUAUUUUCAUUUUCAGCGGCAUUACUGCGACGUUUUUACCCCAAGUAUCUUAGCGUCGAGUCAGUGAUUUUGGCUCGUAGAAUUAAGUAAAUGUUUGCCGAAAUGUACAGCUUGGUUAGAAGAGGUCUUUUGUGUUGCUAUGGAGCAAGCUCAGUUAGCGUGCAUAGCAACCUUGUCCUUUCCUUACAAACCGAGCACACCGGGCUACAGGCAGUAAUAAUCGAUCAUUCAGGUCCAAAGUGGAACCGACCCCCUGUCUUCAUAUGUGUGUCGUUCUCUUAGUAGUAGUAGGAUGGCUCCAGAGGAUGACCUCCAGAGUCCUCAUCUUGGUCUCAGCCCUGCCUGGGAGGAUGUUCCUCUGAGCUGUGCUGACCUUGCUCCCUCUCAGAAGCUGGGGAGACAAACCAGAGCCCGCAGCAGUCCCCAAAUAAGAUCACCAGAGGAUCACAUCAACAGGUGAGGUCUUAUGAUGCAUGAGCGUCUGACAUAGGAGAGAGUGGGGUAAGUUGAGCCAAAGGGUAAGUUGAGCCACCCCCUGUUGUUUGGAAAUGGUUAAAGAAAUUGAUCAUGUGACCAAAUAUUUAGGAGAUGGGCGUCAAUUCAUGGAGUCACGGCUCAACUUACCCCGCUCCCAUGGUCAACUGACCCCAUACAAGUUGACCAUAGGAGACCACUUUUUUGUCAUGCUAUAUGAUCAAGACAGUUCUGUUUACACUCAUUCUGUUGGUUUGCAGGGAUGCACAACAUCUUGAAAUAUAUACAGAUACACUUGUUAGAGACAAAACUAUUAUUGCCUUGAUGUAGUGAUCCGAAAUAUCAAAAAUGGCUCAUCUUACCCCACUCUCCCCUACAGCCCAUGAUGUAUGUAUGGAUAAACCUCACCAAGCCAGUCCUAGCUGAUAUAAACACUUCUUUCUGUUUUCCUCAUUAAGCCAUGAAGAUGGAAAAAGCCAUUUCCUGAGAAUCUUGACAGAUGCAGAAGCAGCUGCUAACUCUGCUGCCAUACAGCUGGUGUCUUUUAAAGAUGCCAUGGAAAAUGAAUUUGCUGUAAGUUUUAUUUUCUUUCCUAUUUUUCAUACAUCAAGUUAAGUUAAAACUAAGAAGGAGCUCUAUGUUGAGCCUCAAAGUGAUGUAGCAGCAUUGAAAAUAAUUUUGACAUUUGUUAUUCAUAAUACUUUUUUUUUUAAAUAAAGGACUCAAGACAGUCUGCCACUGACAAACGCAAAAUUACCAGGCAGAGAGGACUGCUGCUGGAGAAGCUGGAGGACUUUAGAAGAAUAAAUAAGUCUGUUCGACAAAAACUAAAACAGCUUCAAGAUGCAGAGGUCGGUAACAACGAUUCUGUCUUUGGCUGAAAGAUAUCUAAAACUAGCAUUAGAUAACGCCUGUCUUUUCCAAUUAGGCUCAACGUCUUAAUGCUGACCAUCAAAUCGACAUUUUAUUGAAGAAGAUCUCGCAAGCUGAGAGUGAAAACGAGGUGAGUAGUCUUUAAUCUGAUUUAACAUGUGUUUUAAUUGUAAUAGCUUGUAAGAUUAAUGUCAAGGCUGUGUCAUCCAAUGCAAUUUAAUUCAUAUGAUAACUAACGGAUGUGACAUGAAAGCAUCUGCUGUGUGAGAUUGAAUUUAUGCACUCUCAUUGCACAAGAAACAAAGAGUAGAAUUAAUUCCAUUCACAAACACAUUUUUGUUUAUUUCUUCCUACAGCUCUUAAAAAGGAAUUUGAGCGAGACAGAAAGAAAAGUUAAAGAGCUGAUGAAUCAGCGGAAAGAAGAGCAGGUAAGGACAGCAGAACUUUUCACUUCCACGUCUGUUAGAAAUGUCAUUCAGCAUCAGAAAGAGUCAGUCUGUUACACCCUUUACAGGAGACCAUGAAGAGCGCGGUUCACAUGACCAAGUCUGUGGAGGCGACUCGUGCUCACCUGCAGGGUCAGCUGCGCAGCAAAGAAGCCGAAAAUAAUCGCCUGACAGUGCAAUUAAAGGUAAGAAAGUGGUAACCCUUAUCUCUUUCUUAGUGUCUGCUAAUGUUAAAACUGGUCUGUGCUGAUUUUAAAAGAAGAAAAAAGAUUGACAGGAAUUUAAAAACAUGCAAAUCCAAAGUUAUAGACAUAAAUUUGGUGCUAAAAUGACGUCAAACAUACAAAACGCAAAGCCAUCAUACUUAAUAUCUCUUACUUUUAGGUAAAUGUGCAAUAUUUCAGCAAACCUUUAUGAUUUCCAUUUUGCCAGACUUUGGAGAGAACCCUGAUGAAGCAAAAGAUGGAGUUCGAUGACCUGAAAGGCUCUAUCACAUCGAUGACUGGAAAGGCAGCACAAGACAAGGAAUCUCUCAAAAAAGCCACCAGAGCGCAGAAACUGAGAGCAGAGAGAUUUGAAGCCGCGAUUGAGAAAUGCUACGUACAGUUACAAGAAAAGGUACGGAGUUAGACUUCUUUUUGGUUAUGAAAAAGUGCCCACUCAGGACUUUUCUUUGAUGUUUUCACAUUUGUUCUCAUCCAGGAUGCUCAGCUGGCAAACGCCUGUUCAGAAAGAGACUCCUGGAGAAAAGAAAAGGAGCAGAUGGCGGAUGAGAAUGACAAAGUUUUAGCUCAUGUCGAGUUGUUGAAAAGGUUGGCUCCCUUCUCUCUUUCACACACACCACCUCUUUCAUAGUUUCAGUCAGUUUCACUUCUAAGUUUUAAAUGUGUGUUAUCAAUGCAGUCAUGUUGCAGACCUGACAGUGAGGCUGCAGAAAGAAAAGGAAGAGCUCAGAGCAGCCAGUGAAGUUGUGAUGCAGCGUGUUGAAAAACUCAGCGCUGAAAACGGAGACCUCAGCGUCAAUAAUGCAGCACUCAAGGUAUAAACUGUCAAACAGCCUCCAUGAGGGAGCCAUUACUGUAAAAGGCGUAAAACACUCGCUGUGUAAAUAUGUUCUCUAUAAGCACUCAUGCAGCUAUCUAUUGAUCCAACACACAGAUAAACUGUCUCUCUUCAGAAUAUCACUAACAGGGAAAUCUCAGACAUUCUCCGUCUCUCUGGUUUGCAUUUCUGUCCCUAAAAUUAGUCUCCCCUCGGUGUGAUUACAGGCAUCAGUCGCUCAGUUGGAGCAGCAGCUGGCUGAAUCUGAAUCUGCGCUGAUUGAAGAGAAGAUUUUGUCUGAGGAGAGGAAACAUGAAACUGAAAAGUGCCAAUCUGAGGUUUGAACCUGCUCCUUAUUCCCUUUUCAGAGCUCACACCAGAUGAUUAGGGUUUUUAUCAUCAUUAGCCCCUGAGAGCUCAGGGUUUAUUUGGGAUUUUCUUAAUCUGUGAGCUCAAUAUUUAUAGUAAUAAUGUUCUGUUUGUUUAUUCAUGGGUCAUGUGGACUGGGGUGACUCCAAGCGCUCUUUUAGUGGUUUGUUUUGUGUGGAUCAGGUCAUUGUGGACAAACAAAUUCAUUCAUUCAUUCAUCAGUAGAGACUAGAUAGAGUCAUAAACAGUUGUUAUAGAAGGACACAACAGCUUCUAUUAUGCCGUAUGUGUUUCCAGGCUGCAGAGCUUCAAGCUGAGGUCCAGGACCUGAAGAUAAAAUAUGCAAAUCUUUUACGAGAGACAGAAAGGAUGAGAGAAGGAAAAGAUACAGAGGUUGAGAAGGUAAGCACCUGUUCCCUUGGACAGUUCUUCAAUAUUUAAUGGAAGUUUGAGGUCUUUCAAUGUGCACAAUUGACAAACUAUAUAUAUAUAUAUAUAUAUAUAUAUAUACAUAUAUGUAUAUGCUAUUUUGACUCAAGAAUUAGUUCCUAUUUUGUUGGUUCAGUAAAAAAAAAAAAAACUAGUGAAAAUAGGGCCCGACCGAUUUAUUGGCGGGCCGAUUAAAUCGGCCAACUUUAGCCCGCUUGAGACUAAUUGGUAAUCGGCCAAAACUAGCCGAUUGUCGCCGAUGUUUUCAGAAAUAAAAUGCGGAGAAUAAGAUUCGGUUUCACUUCGAAAAUGUUCUGCCAUUUGAAAAGUUCCCAGACUUAUCCAGUAGAUGGCGCAGCACCUCAUGACAAUCUUCAUCCACUAACUACCUCACAGCACAGCAGAAUGACGGAUCUGAAGCAGGCAGCUGGGUGUUAACGGUGAAGCACCAUGUAAUAUGCAAGCCAAAGUUAGUUAGCCAUCUGCUAUUAGCCUUGCUACACUGUUAGCCGUGCCAGUAACAGUAGAAUAAACAACAGUACACAUUACGUGAUGGAGCUACUUCUCUUACUGAGGCAGCUACAUGUAAAAAAAAUACAUAAAUAUGUAGAUAUAUUACUUAGAUUAACAAAAUUUUAAAACUUCAUAAAAAAAUAAAAAAAUGGACGAUUAAUUGGUUAUCUUCGGUAAUCAGAUUUUUUUCCUCCCUAAUAAUCGGUAUCGGCAUCGGCCCCAAAAAAAUCCAUAUCGGUCGGGCCCUAGUGAAAAUCCCUCUUGCUGCUAAAUGGACAGUCAGACUGCUAUUUGCAGUUUCUUUUGCUUUUUGGGCUGCAUAACAUGUUUCACCAGGUUCUGCUUUACACCAACUUCCUACAACAAUGCUGGACAGAAAGGAUGUGAAAACCACCAAAGCUCAUUUAACAUCUGCAUAUAUCUGUCUGAGAGGUGUGACAAACUGUGUCUACUUUGUCUAUUCCCCUCAAACGCCUCUGUCCUCUGGAGCCCAGGUGAGGCAGGAGCUGCAGAGGCGAGUGGAGGAGCUCCAACACUUUCCAGAGUUACUGAGCUCGACUGAGAUGAGUCUCCUCGAGUGCCAGGAGAGCCUGAGGCGCUCUGAGAGAAAGCGCUCUGAAAAGUCAGAGUCCGUUAGGCAGCUGCAGGUCAAGGUGUGCAACGUGUGGAGACUGAGACUGUAUCUCAUUGUUGCUAGACCUGACCACUAGGCUGUAGUCUCACUCCAUGUGUCUGUUGGUGCAUCUUGAUUCCAGUUUUGCAGUGAAGUGACUUUGUUGUCUGUGAAAGUAGUCUGAUUGCAGAGGACUGAGUUAGGUUACGAUCACACUAACUCAUGGAUCCAUUCACAGUUGUGUUUUGAUGCUGCGUGAGUCCUUUCCCAUCAUUAACAUCAGUGCUGAUGAUGGAUGAUUUGCUGGAAAACUGCUCGUUUUGUGUUUGCAAGAAGCUUUGUUUGGACUUUUUCUGUGUGAUUCUGAAUCUUCUUGUUACCUCCGUUUAUUUGUGACCACUGCGGAUGAUUCUGACCUUUUCAUUUUCGCAAGUACAGAUGGAGAGUCAGACAAAACUGCUGUCAUCGUCUGCAGAAAUGAAGGACUCUAUUCAUGAGGCCAAUUUACAACUAAAAGAGAGAGCAGACUCUGUCCAGAAGUAAGGCUUACCUUCAUAUCUGCUCUCUAAGUAUCAAAUGUUAAUCUAUUUCUCUACAGUUAUAAAAGUAGAGUGAUUAAACAUGCAUUUAUAGGCAGAUAGAGAAGCUGCAGCAGGAGAACCUGGAGCUGGUCCGGAGGCUGGCAGCUCAGGAGGAAGCUCUCAGCUACAGCAACCGUCAGCUGGAUCAGCGCUCAUCAGAGUGUCAGGCCCUCAGCCGGCAGCUGGAGGCCGCUUUAUUGGACGUCAGAAAACAGGUAAAACUGUGAUUUUCAAAAUUGAGCCUAUUUCACAAGUACGACCUAAACCCCCAAAUACGUAUUCUUCAUUUGACGCAGUGGGAUUUUAGGUGGAGAAACUUAAAUUAGUGGAUUUAACUUGUCCUUUCAUCCAGGUCAACAAGUUAAAAGACCAAGCUGCUUCCAGAGAGGGGGCCCUUCAGACUAAAAUCCUGGAGCUGGAGGCGGAGAAGAGCAGAAGGGAUAAUGAGCUGCGGCUUCUACGCCAGAAAAAGAUCUCUGUGAGUCCUAUCUUGAUGCCAAAUAUCGUUUUCAAGCUCAGAUACUGAUGUUUCCUCUGUGUCUUUAUCUUUAUGUUAAGGCAGAGAAACAGUUUGAGGUGCGCCUGAAGGACCUGCAGCUCAGCCUCGACCAAUCAGAGAGCCACAAACAGAGCAUUCAGAACUACGUGGACUUUCUGAAGAACUCUUACACCACGAUGUUUGACGAGGGACUGCAGGCAACGACUUUCGGAUCCUCAUACUUCCUGAAGUGAUCGCAGCUUUCUAUUUGCAUUUUUAAUGAUUUCUAAUUUAUUUAUUUAUUCAUGAAUGUAUUAUUUUGUUCUUACUACUAUAUACAAAAUAAGUAUGGUGAUAUCUACUGUAGCUCUGCAGCUAACUGAAAAUGUAGGGCUUUGUUUUUUGGGGUAUCGGGAGAUCAGCUGUGAUUAAAGGGGUUCUGGUGGCUUACUUAAAGGGAUAUUCCGGUGUAAAAUUAAGUUAGGGUCAGCUGCUUGUACAUUUUAUCUUCCUUGAGCUGCGUCACCCCGCUUCAGCAAUGAACAGGCCUGAGGUCUCCAUACAAACAAGCGGCUGCUGGAAGAGAGUAGGUGAGUUGUAUUUAGUCUCUUUGCUAAAGAAAUCAGGCAAAGCUAAAAAGAUGUUUGGUGGCUAGUGCUGCGGCUAGGACCCUAUAUGUACUGUUGAUGAAGUUAGGUGCUGUUCUGAGCAUUAUUUGUGGCUAUAGAGUGGCGUUUUGGGUUUAGGUUUGAGUGUGGCUCCACAGACUGCUGUGUGCUGCAAUCCUGCCGUUGUUACUAAAGUUGGUAUAACUAGAGAAGCUAGCGGUUGGCAUCAUUCAUCUCUCGACAGGGUGUCAAAUUCGGUGUUACAGUGUGUUAGACCCUAACUUAAUUUUACAACGGAAUAUCCCUUUAAGCUCAUGUCCCUGAGUUAAGGACAUGAAAACAACUGCAAACCCUCUCACUUAUAAAAGCUUUUUAUUGGGUUGUUGAGUAAGACUGCAGUCUGAUUGAGAAAGACUUUUAAAACUGUUAACGUACUGUACCAGAGGAAAGGAGCCAUAACUUUAAAAUUCACAUUAGUAAUCCAUACAACUCCUAAAAUAUAGAGUCAGCUUUUCUACCUUGAAAAAGCUUCAAACGUAACAUUUUUAUACUAACUUCUGAUAUUUAUAACCAAAUGACUAAACCCUAAACUAAGAUAAAGGGUCUUCCAGGUUGAGGAAAGAAGCUGCCAAUAGGUGGAGCUGUUUGGUUAGUCAUAUUUCUCCUCUUUAGGAGCAUUAUUUUACUUCUGUAUAGAGGGUUUGGUUUACGUUCAAUCAGUGACUGCUGUUACUGAGUUUACUUGUUUACAUCAGGCUGCAAAUCAUUCCAAAUGUUUCUUCUCAUGCUCUUUAGCUGCUCAUAUAGAAGGCAGUGUGAGAAAGUGAUUUUAGAAAAAUCAAGUUAUGAGUUGUUUUACACGCUCAGUUAACCUGACAGGAGGAGUUUCUUCAUGUAAAAGUGCUUCAACUUUGCCCUCAUUCGAGCCAUGAUAAUUGUCUGACAGCGACUGGCGCCGACGAUGGGAAAUGAAGAAUUAAAACGAUGAUCUCGGGAUCUAAUAUCACCGGUAUCCUGUUGGUGCUAAACUCAAACGUGUCUGUUUCUGUGUUAAUGAUAGAAAAUGUGUGAUUAUUAUAUUUAAUGUGUUUAUGUUCUGUCUCUCAGCUGGACUGAGAUCAGUGAUGCUGCAGAUCAAUUGUUCAGCCGUCAGAUGAGAAGCUAAAGCCUGCAGGGUUGCAAAAAUAAUAAAUGAAUGACACGCUCCUCUGGGAUGAAUCCAAACCACUUAAAACUCUGACGCUGCUUUGCUCUUGUUCUUUUAUAAUUAAAGUUUUAAAAAAAGAGAGAGCGUGGGUAUCUGCUGCAGCAUGAUUUGACAAAGAUGAACUUUUACUGAGCCUUUUUGUUCUCUUGUUGUUUCUCUCUCUAUAUCGACGCUAAUAAAGUCCCCUAUGUGUCCAGACCUGUGUCCACACUCUGAUGUGGUCUUGCUGUGGACAGACUCUCUCCGGGUGAGCACUGCUCCUCUCAAGUUCUCAGACACAAAGCUCUAUUGUGCUCUCUGUCAGGGGAUGGAAGCAUUUCAUCUCUGUGUGCGUCAGUGCUGCUGUUUUUUUUCCUUUUUUCUUCCUCUCAUUCUCUCUUGCUCUUGCCCAUUUAUGUAACUCUGCUGAUCACACUUUGGGAAGUUUCUCUGCUGUUUGCAGGAAAGUUAGUUUAUUUGUUUAUUAGUUCACACCAAGAUGGAAAGAACUGGAGCUGUUCGGAUGCCAGUAUGUGUGAACUUUGUCACAAACAGUUUUAACGUGCCGGUUUUUAAAGAAACUUUCAUUUUGUACAGAAAUUCUUCUAGUGUUUUCAAAGUACUGUCUUCUAUUUUGAAGCAUUAGAGUUUAGAUUAUGAUCUCGUACCCUGUGACUUGCGCUCAGCAUCUGUCCAACAUCAGGAGAACCCCGCUGAGGUUUACAUUACACCCAGUCCUCAAACUGUCCCGCGACACGCAGCUCCUCUUAGAAGUGGGUCAGCCAGAUGCAGGUGAAACCAUAUCGCUCAUUUCCGACUGAAAACUGUUCCAACAGACUCCUCAAAGCUGAAAUUUGUCCCACUACUGCAGACCUAAAACUCCAAACCUUUCCUUCACCAUAUUGAUUUAAAGAAAAAAAGGAUAAAGUUGAAAUUUUGGAGGUUAAAACGUUUAAUUCCAGCCAAUGAUAUAUUCGCAAACACUUGUGUGAUACAAAACAUUAGUGGACCAUAUUCAAUGAUUAACUCUUGUACUACAUAACCUGAAAUAUCAAAUACAAAACUUUAUAAAUAAAACAAACAAGCACAGUAAACUAACAGGGCGACAUUUGUAAUGACUGAUUUAGUAGCUGCCAUAGUCAUUUACAGGAUGUCUUGUCCAGAGAGGCUUAAAUAUGUUCAAUAUAAUCAUAAACUGGAGAACACAAUUUUGUUGAAUUACAGAAUAAGGAUUUCCAAAAUGUGCUUCAAAGGAAGCAGAACAAGCUCCAGUUGUAUGAAGCAAAGCUGGAUACUUCAGGAAUAUAAUCCUGCACCCUCAAAGUGUACACAUCUCCAACAGUACACACUUCAAGGGUUUUUUUCUUCCACUUUACAUGUUUCGUUUGUGUAUUUCAUUGAAAAGUCUUUUAUGGAAGGGUUUCUUUUUCUCACAGUUUAGGUCACACUUGCAGGACUCGAUCAUCAUCACCAUCCUGCUGACAAUCUCUCCGCUCUUGCACCGGAAGCGAACGGGUGAUGUUUGUGUUCGGUGAGGCCUGCAGCAUCUCCCGUCUGAGCAGGAACCGCAGUAUCUGGGCUGGAACUUUUUCAAGCUACUGCAGCCUGAAGAAGACAGUCUGACCGGACGGCUGGACUUCUCUGUGUGGUUACAUUUCUGUCCUUUCUGCAGAGACAGGACAUAAGAAAACAUCUUUAACCCUUUAAUGCCUUUUGUAUCAUAUUUGAUACAUACUUUUAUAUACUUCCAUCAAAUCAAUAUGAUGAACAAAUGACCAAAAAACAACUGAAUACAGUUUGAUAAAUGAUAAAAAUGUCCUCUUUCAAUUUGUCAGUUUCCAAAAACAUCUUAAUUAUCAAAAAAGAUCAAUAAAUACAUUUGUUAAAUUCUAAGGACAUUUAGAUUUUUUUGGUUUUCAGUAGUAAGUAAAAUAAACAUUUCAGCUCCAAAUUUUUUUUAAUUUUCUGGCCGUAAUUUGUGGCAUCAGGCAUCAAAGGGCUACACUCCUGAAGAGUGAGUUAACAAGAAAAGGAUUCUUGGAUUACUCAUCAUUUCAUCAGCAAAAGUUAGGUCUUUAAAACUGUGAAUUGUACCUUUAAUCUGGUGAAACUCGUGAGGCUGCAUGGGCGAACUUCACAGAUCCGGGUCUCUGUCAGAAGUUUGCAUUGGCUGUUAGUGUUGGUCAUCCUGGUGGACAGGCCUGGACCACAGGAUUUGGAGCAUGGGGACCAAGGUGUGCUCUGGAACACACAGUAGACCCCUCUGGCCAUCGUGUAGCCCACUGGGGGGCUCCUGAAAGCUACACAGAAAGACACAAAAAGGUCAGUCAUCUGAUUUAAGAAUUAGUGCAUAAGGAACUUCUCUGUUAAUCCCGAAGGAUCAAUACACUCACAAGGAGAGGAUUUGGAUUCCCACAGUGGAGCCAGCUCGUUCUCAUUCGUCAGCUCGUCUUCAGACUUUGCGUCUUUCCCAUGCUUUUUCCUGUGUUUCUUUCCCACAGAACUGUCUGUCUUUUUGUCCUCAGGGCAGAUGAGCUGUUCGCAGCACCGUCUCGGGACUUUGAUCCGCCUAGGUUUGGCACAGCCCUGUUUGGACAGCUUGAGCUCAUGUGGGCAAAGAGAGACGCAUCCGACUGCACCAUCCAUGCAAGUGCACUGGUGUUUGCAGUUUGGGCGAAAGAUUUCCCCGUUCUGGUAAAUCCUGUUGUUGUACUCGCAUGUUCUCCCAUCUGAUUUGGCUGAUUGUAAAAGACACAAAAUGAGGUUUAAGAUGAGAAGACUUAACUAUCAAGUGUAAAAGAAAUAAGAGUGGAGAUAAAGAGCUUGUUGUACCUCGACAGAUGCCCCUAGCAGAGCCGGGUCCCCCUCCAAAGUUGCACUCCAGUCCCUUUGCGUGAUCACAUGGCUGAGUCUUGCUGCAGUCCUCAAAGAGCUGCCGUGCACAAACUCUACAGCAUCCACAGCCGUCCUGAAUGAGACUGACUCCUGAAGCACAUGUGGGGGUGUCAGAGGGACACCGGCAGUCCUUUGGGCAUGAAGCUGACACCUAAGAUACCACAAAUCAUCACACAUUCCCUCCAAAAAUCACUUCUUCUACUCAACAAUAGUAUUUUCAAUGAAGAGAUUUGCUCACCGGUGUAAUCCAGAGGAGAAAAAACACACAGACUUUCCACAUCUUUCAGAGAGAAGAAUCACACACUAGACCUUGCAGUGGAUUUACAGGUAGUCAGUCCCUCUCCGUCUUUUUGGAGUCCCCAUCCCCUUUUAUAGAUCCAUGAGGAGAUCUGACGUAGACUCAGGCUGAAGAGGUGUCCCAAAACUAUGAGAGGAAUGCUUCAACACGCGUCCUCCCAUAAGCCGUAAGAAGCCCCCCCCCUUCCCUCCCUGGGUCUCCUGCUCUGAGCCAAGAACCACCCAGUCUGUCUAACUUCCAUUCUUUCAGAGUUUAAUGAUCAUUUUGUCUGCUGUUUUACGACCAUGAAGUGACUCUAGAAAAAUAUCUGAAAAAUGACGUAUACAUCCGCCUAAAAAGGACUGAACAAAGCCUUAAAAGUAACGCAUCACUUUAAAUUGGGCUUAAUUUUCUCAUAUUGUCUUUAUUGGGCUUUAAUGAUAUGUCUUUUUAAGAUCUCUGUUCAUCUGGCAUGCUGGAAUAACCCUCAGGGGCUCUUUGGACAUUUUUGUCCAUUUUUGGUGACUUUUUACCUUUCAUUUGUUGAUCAUUUUGGCAUGUGUGUGCAAAUGGGAUGAUUUUUUUCAGGAUGAUUUUUUUCUUUCCAAAUUUUAAAACCUGACCACCCAAUAUGUAUGGUUGAUAUGUAUGAUCAAAGGGAUUUGACCUUCUGACCUUCUCUAGUAAGGUGAAACUCACAUUUGAUCUCAAUAUUUCACAGACACUGAAAAGAGUGUCUACCUGCUCAUGGCUCACACAAUCACAUAAUUACUCUCCUUUGAGGACAGACAGACACACACACACACACACACACACACACACACACACACACACACACACACACAUAGACCACACACAUACACACACUCGUUAAAAGACCCACAAGCACACACACACAUCAAAAUUAAAAAAUGCUGUUUUUGAAUGGGAUUCAAUGGGACUUUUUUUAAUCUAACUUUUUCAAUCGGGCAUUGCACAAAAAGUAAUAAUGCAUCAAACCAAUGAUGUUGCUAAUUAUUGACAUACCAUAGGCUGCCAUAUAAAAAAGAAGGAAAUUCCUGCCCAGCAUUUAAUAUCUAGAAAAUAACUCCAAUUUCUUUUUUUCCCAUUAAAAAUAACAGAGACAUCAAAUCGUCAAACUGGCAUUUAUAGGGUUAAAAUUCUGAAAACGAAUUAAUAUUUGACAGAUAUAAUCAGGAAUGAAGUUGAUUAAAAUAUUUAAGCAAAAAAAGUGGAAAAAAAUAUUAAUGUAUGAUCAUUUUAUGGCACUUUUAGGAGAUGGACGUUUUCGUCCAUCUAAGGACCUUAGUGUAACUUUUUUUAAGGACCCCGGAGGGAUAAAGGAGAGAAAAGAGAGGCUCCAGUGAAGAUA